AUGGACUUUUCUCGGCUUCACACGUACACUCCUCCCCAGUGUGUGCCCGAGAACACUGGCUACACGUAUGCACUCAGUUCAAGUUAUUCUUCUGAUGCUCUGGAUUUCGAGACUGAGCACAAACUGGAUCCUGUAUUUGAUUCUCCAAGAAUGUCCCGCCGCAGUUUGCGCCUGGUCACCACAGCCCGUGGCGCUGAGGAUGGCCCCGCUGGGGACAGAGCGGCCAGGUGAGCGAAAACAGUUAAAACCAAACACAUGAGACUAGCAAAGCAGCGCAGCAGUGCACACAAGCCGGCAUUUAGUAUCAACCACACCUCGAGGAAGGUCCUAUCCUUGGCUGUCAGCCAGAGCGGCUCCAGGGCCAUGCGGGCUUCGGCUUGUCUGCGGCCUCCUGUGCUGGACGAGUCUCUGAUCCGCGAGCAGACCAAAGUGGACCACUUCUGGGGUCUUGACGAUGACGGAGAGCUUAAAGGUGGGAAUAAAGCUGCCAUUCAGGGAAACGGCGAUGUGGCCGCAGGGGCCGUAGAAGGAGCGGGGAGCAACGGCUACACCUGCAGCGACUGCAGCCUCCUUUCCGAGCGCAAAGGCGCGCUCACCGCGUACUCCACUGCCCGUGGCCCGGCCUCAAGGAUUUACUCGAGGGAUAGGAGUCAAAAACGUCACUUCUCGGUGCAGGCGCUGCGCGAGGUCGGAGCCACGGGAGGGUUUGUGUCCAGGACGGUGUCAGCGGUGCUGUGGUUGGCAGUGGCCUGUCCAGGGAAGGCAGCAUCUGAAGUAUUCUGGUGGCUUGGGAUUGGAUGGUACCAGUUUGUUACUUUGGUUUCUUGGCUGAAUGUGUUUCUUCUUACAAGGUGCCUUCGAAAUAUUUGCAAGUUUUUAAUCUUGCUCGUUCCAGUAUUACUUUUACUAGGCGCAGGUAUUUCAUUAUGGGGCCAGGGUGAUGUCCUUUCACUCCUGCCUGUGUUAAACUGGAUGCACAGCCACAGAGCACAGAGGGUGGAUGACCCCAGGACCACGCUCACACCCGACACUUUGCACCCAAACCAGCCUCUGCAGGUUGGCGAUGAGGUUUUCCACUGGCAUCGGAUGAGUGAAGUGGAAAGGCAGGUGGCUGCAUUGUCGGGACAGUGUCACAGCCAUGGCAAGAAGCUUGGAGAGUUGUCAACCUUGCUCCAGAAACUGCAGGCGCGGGUGGACCGGGCAGAUGGCAGCAAUGAGGGGGUGUGGCCCCCGGUGAGGAGCGUGACUGACUAUGUGACUCUCCGCCAAGAACAUGAGUUGCGAAUCUCCAGCCUGGAAGAUAUUCUUGGAAAACUGACAGAAAGAUCUGAGGCCAUCCAGAAGGAAUUAGAACAGACUGCGCUAAGAACAGUCAGCAGAGCUGACGAGGAGCCGCGCCUCCUUGCCAUGGCCCGGCGUCUGGAGCAGGAGCUGCGGCGUCUGAAAGCUGGCUUGUCUGGGCGGCAGCGGUCGGGAGCCAGCCGGGAGGAGGUGGACGCAGCGUCCGAAAGAGUGGACGCCCAAGUUAGAGAAACUCUCAGACUCAUGUUCUCCGGAGAUCAGCACGAAUCUUCUCUCGAGUGGCUGCUCCAGAAACUGUCUGCUCAAUUUGUAAAUAAGGAUAACUUGCAGAUUUUAUUACGAGAUUUAGAGCUGCAGAUACUGAAGAACAUUACCCACCACAUUUCUGUGACAAAACAGAUGCCAACUUCUGAAACUGUAGUAUCUGCUGUGAAUGGAGCGGGCAUUUCUGGAAUAACAGAAGCGCAAGCACGUGCCAUCGUGAACAGCGCCCUGAGGCUGUACUCCCAGGACAAGACUGGCAUGGUGGACUUCGCCCUGGAGUCCGGGGGUGGGAGCAUCUUGAGUACCCGCUGCUCUGAGACGUAUGAGACCAAGACCGCCCUCAUCAGCCUGUUCGGCGUCCCGCUCUGGUACUUCUCCCAGUCCCCACGCGUGGCCAUCCAGCCUGACAUCUAUCCAGGGAACUGCUGGGCGUUCAAAGGCUCCCAGGGGUACCUCGUGGUGAGGCUGUCGAUGAAGAUCCACCCGACCACCUUCACCCUAGAGCACAUACCAAGGACCCUGUCACCCACGGGGAACAUCACCAGCGCCCCCAAGGACUUCGCGGUCUACGGAUUAGAAAAUGAGUAUCAAGAAGAAGGGCAGCUCCUGGGACAGUUUACCUACGAUCAAGAAGGGGAGUCACUACAGAUGUUCCCUGCCCCGAGAAGACCAGAAAGAGCUUUCCAAAUAGUGGAACUUCGGAUUUUUUCUAACUGGGGCCAUCCCGAAUACACGUGUCUUUACCGGUUCAGAGUUCAUGGAGAGCCUAUCAAGUAA